CAUGCCCCUGCUGCGCCGGGACCGCCUGCUGACCCUGCUGCUGCUGGGCGCGCUGCUCUCCGCCGACCUCUACUUCCACCUCUGGCCCCAGGUGCAGCGCCAGCUGCGGCCCCGAGAGCAGCCGCGGGGCUGCCCGUGCGCCGGCCGCGCCUCCUCCCCGGCCCCGGCCCCCGCCGCAGCCUCCUCGGACCCGCGUACGGCCGCGCACAACUUUUCCCGAGCCGGGCCCCCGGCCGAGCAGGACGGCGGCGGCCGCAGCGGCCCCGGCUCCAAGCUGCAGGCCCUCUUCGCCCACCCGCUGUACAACGUCCCGGAGGAGCCGCCUCUCCUCGGGCCCGAAGACUCGCUCCUGGCCAGCCAGGAGGCGCUGCGGUAUUACCGGAGGAAGGUGGCCCGCUGGAACAGACGACAAAGGAUGUACAAGGAGCAGCUGAACCUUACUUCCUUCGACCCCCCACUGCAGCUUCGACUCGAGGCCAGCUGGGUCCAGUUCCACCUGGGGAUCAAUCGCCACGGGCUAUACUCCCGGUCCAGUCCUGUCGUCAGCAAACUCCUCCACGACAUGAGUCGCUUUCCCACCAUCAGUGCUGAUUACAGCCAGGACGAGAAAGCCUUGCUUGGGGCGUGUGACUGCACGCAGAUUGUGAAACCCAGUGGGGUCCACCUCAAGCUUGUUCUGCGGUUCUCGGACUUCGGGAAGGCCAUGUUCAAACCCAUGAGACAGCAGCGAGAUGAAGAGACGCCCGAGGACUUCUUCUAUUUCGUUGACUUUCAGAGACACAAUGCUGAGAUUGCCGCUUUCCAUCUGGACAGGAUUCUGGACUUCCGACGGGUGCCACCAACAGUGGGAAGGCUAGUCAAUGUCACCAAGGAAAUCCUGGAGGUCACCAAGAAUGAAAUCCUGCAGAGCGUUUUCUUUGUCUCUCCAGCCAGCAACGUGUGCUUCUUUGCCAAGUGUCCAUACAUGUGCAAGACUGAAUACGCUGUCUGUGGCAACCCACACAUGCUAGAGGGUUCCCUCUCCGCGUACCUGCCAUCUCUCAACCUGGCCCCCAGGCUGUCUGUGCCCAACCCGUGGAUCCGCUCCUACUCACUGGCAGGAAAAGAGGAGUGGGAGGUCAAUCCACUUUACUGUGACACAGUGAAACAGAUCUACCCGUACAAUAGCAGCAACCGGCUCCUCAACAUCAUCGACAUGGCCAUCUUCGACUUCUUGAUAGGAAACAUGGACCGUCACCAUUAUGAGAUGUUCACCAAAUUUGGGGAUGAUGGGUUCCUUAUUCACCUUGACAAUGCCAGAGGGUUUGGACGACACUCCCAUGACGAAAUCUCCAUCCUCGCGCCGCUCUCCCAGUGCUGCAGGAUAAAAAAGAAAACACUUUCGCACCUGCAGCUGCUGACACAAGCCAACUACAGACUCAGUGAUGUGAUGCGGGAGUCACUGCUAGAAGAUCAGCUCACCCCCGUCCUCACAGAGCCCCACCUCCUUGCCCUGGAUCGGAGACUCCAAAUCAUCCUGAAGACAGUGGAGGAGUGCAUAGAGGUCCAUGGAGAGCACAGUGUCAUAGCCAGCGGCCCAGCAGAACAGUCGGCCCCAGACUCUGGCCAGGCCAACUUGACAAGCUAGGGGCUGGACAAGUCAAAUUUCAGAAACUACACCUGGAGCCGGCAGGGGACUCUGGAGUGUGGACCUCACGCUCACAUCCCCCAUCAAUGCUAGAGGUUCUGGGUCAUGAGCUCAGAAAGCAGAUAGGGACACUGGGAUGAUUCUAAAAGAGCAAAAGAAGUGGGAUCCACCGAACUUUCUUCCUUGGUGCACUGCUUGGACUGCCUUGGCUCCCUCUUUCCAAGAACGGAUUGUUUCAUCAACAACACAGAACACUUCCUGAGCCCACUGGGAAAUCUGGAUGUGGGUCAGGUUCGGAAGGUCUGGAAGCCCUGCUCCUAGGAGAGUAUUAACUCUAACAAAUAAAAUAAAAGGACAUCAAGUGGAUACCCAACUGACCUCCGCAUCCUUAUUAUAUCUACAAGGAUAAUUCCCAGUCCAGCUAAACAGCUGGCACAUUGCUAGCAGACAAAACAUCUACCGAUGGUAACUGUCCAACCGGGUCAAAGUAGACCUCACACUUUCUACUUACAUUCCAGUCACUGUAGCCCAAUCUGAAUACAAUAAUCCCUACCAACCGGUCCUAAAGUACUUUCUCAGAAAUAUUAUUACAAGACGUAAAAAUAAUAUAAGGAUUCGCUCAAAAUAUCAGAAAAGGGAUGUUUUCAUCGGAGAGUAUUUAAUAUCAACUGAAAUAACAUCAAGUAUGUCAAGAGUAGCAUCCAGUAACAACAGAAGGGGUUUCAAUGAAGGGAAAACAAGGGUGGCCUUGAAGGUGGGAUAGCGUGUGAACAGGCCCAGCAGGUGCAUGAGCCUAGAUUAAGGAAGGAGAAAGCCAGGGCUUACCAUAGCCCACUGCUCACAAGCCUCUUUCCCAUAAGACCCCAGAAAUUGCCCCACGUUCCCCCAACAGAAGGAGGCCAUCUAGAGAGGUCUGACACUCUGGACAACGCCCCCCCUCCCCCCCCGCCGCCAGCUGCUUGCUCAAGAAGGACUAAAGUUUACUUUCUCAGCCUCCCUUAAAAGUGGACAUAUCAGGGAUUCCAUCUCCUCAACCGUCUCCCAACUGACUUGCUGACAUUAAACUCCUUUAAUAGGAGACUUUGUUUCUUAUCCCAUAAUUCAUGACUGAAAACACAAAUGACAGAAAUGUACUCAUACUACGCAGUGACUGAGUCAGUCAACAAUUAAAAAUUCCUCAUUUCAUCAGAUCAACUUUCCUGAUAAAGGCCAGAGGCCAGAGGGCGGUAGAAAAAAGUUGUCACUAAAGAAGGUACAAGGUCAAGAACUAGAGAUGUCAUCCAAGAGUUCCGCACUGUGUCCAAAGACAGCCUCAAUAGGUUCAACAAGGGGUGCCACCCUGGCACCCCACAUUAUUGGGACAGUGCCCCUGAACCUUAUGUCUCCAUGACAGUGACAUCACUAUCAUUCACUGAGCUCUUACCAUGUGCAAGAUUGUACACACAGGUUGCCAAUCCUCCUGAACACAGAUAAACUCCCCCACAUCCGAUGUAAGGCUCAGAAAACCUAACUACAAUCACACAACUGAAGGAUUCAAACCUACUGCAAAGUGUUCUUUCCACGGUAACACAAAAACUCAAUAGUAUCUCAACCAAUUUAUUUUUCUUAUAUUUGUUUGCUUAAAAGAAAUCAACUCCUUUAAAGAGGAACCUUAAUCAGACUUCUGUUACAAAGGUGACUCUACCACAGCUCAGGGCUUCCCAAGUCAUGAACUGAUUCUCCUCUUUCAGGCCAGGAUUUCCCUUUGGAGGACGGACUCGGUAAUUACACACAGAGGAAUGGAAGAAAAAUAUUCAGGCAAAGGCAUUCAAAGAAUAGCACAAAUCAGUCUGGGACUUGCGAAUUGCAGAGCCUCAGGAAAGUGAGUUACAGCUCCAUCUCAAACCCAGCUAUUUCCAGGACAACAGACUGGUUUUCAAAUGGCCUAGUAAUAAAAAUGUUGCUGUAUUUUACAAACAGAGAGUAACAGAACUGAGUCUGACCACAAUAUGUGGAGUACCUAGAUACCUAACUAUUCAUUUUAAUAUUCCAUUAACUUUUCACUAAUAACAAAAUUAAGACUCUAUCAUUUGUUGAAAAUACCAGAAAACAAGAUUCCACUCUUAGAACUAUCAAGUUCUUCCAACGUUUUCAUUUUGGGCCACUGUUAAACUUCCCAUCACAUAAAAAUUCUCCUGUCUCCAUGUAAGAACUUUUCACGUUACUACAGACAGCAAACUAAACACUGAAAGGGAACUGUAUGGUAUUCGAGUUUGUGAAUGGGGUUUAGAGGAAAUCCUUUUAGCCUUCUCAAAGGUGAGGACGACAAUUUGAGUUGAAGACUAAAAAAUACAGUUGAUUCUCUUAUUUGUGAUAGUUUUAUAAAGUCACCAUGGACACUGAAUUAGCGGAUACUGAAGCGUUUGUUCCUAGAGGAAAUACAGAGUUAAGUUCCUGUGAGCCUCUGGUUAUAUUUUUGUUAACCAACUAAUACAUAAUCUUGCUUCAUGCAUGAAGGUGUGUUAAAGACACCUUAUUUAAUAUGUAUUGUUAAUUCAAUAACAUUGAACUCCUGGGCAAACAGUACUGUAACUCACGCCUGAAAGAAGCUGAUCAGAUACACUUAUUUUCCCCAUAAGGCAGACCACAGCCUUCUUGCCCAUAGGAACCCUAGCGAAUACUUCAGCACUACAUUUGAGGGCCAUUUUAACAGUGAAAUCACCAACAAACAGCACAAAAAUGCAAAAAGUGGCACUAAAGAGACCAUGAAGAGGACAUCUGAUUACAGUAUGAGAGCCAAAAGAAGGCAAAGCAUUCGAACUCAGCUGGGCACAGAGAAUUUGAAGACUCAAAUUCUUCACCACUCCACUCGUCACAGAACAACUGUGAGAGGGCUGCAAAUGUUGAUUUUGGGGUUACAAAUUUGCAAACACAGCACCCAUGAUUAAUGAGGAUCACUGUAACUCAUUUUGAAAUUAACAAAGAUGGUAAAAAAGCUCUCCAUCUAGUGGUGACUUUUAAAAUCACAAAGCCACUGAAGUCACAGCUCUGAACUUAGGUCAAUAAACAAAUUUUAACUUUGUAUGUACACAACAACACUGAUUUCUAUUUAAAGCUCCAGAGGGUAAGAAGGGAGAGAUUUAGGAUUCCCCCCUUUUUAACUCUCCUAUCAAUAGCCUUUACUGAGAGCUAUUUUGAGAGAGACUUUGGGGGACACAUUAAAGGGUGAUGUAGUCAUUGCUUCUCAAUAAUUGUUUUAGCUCAUCUAGAAAUACACUGCCAGGGCCUUAAGAAAAUACUAAGAAGGUUCAGCUAUUAAUCUGUGGUUGGAGAUAAAGCAGUAUUAAGAAAACCGAGAGAGGGCAGGCCCCAUGGCACAGUGGUUAAGUUCAGCAUGCUCCACUUAAGCAGCCCAGAUUUGCAGGUUCAGAUCCUACACUGCUUGUCAGCCAUGCUGUGGCAGCAACCCACAAAUAAAGUGGAGGAAGACUUGUACGUGCUACCUCAGGGCUAAUCCUCCUCAAAAAAGAAAAAGCAACGGGAGAUUCAAUAGAGCAUGGCUGAAAUCAAUGACUGGAGGAAAUAAAACCAUUUUUUAAAAAAAGGAAAGAAAUAAAACUGACAUCAUGCUACUUCAAGUUUAAAAUGUCAAUAUUUAAGUCAUGAAGAAACAAAAAACGAUUCUAUAUGAGCAAAUGUUUUAGAGGGAGAAUUAAACUAUAAGCAGUACAGUCAAGAGUAACUAAAGAAACAAAAUUUUCUUCAGUUAUAUUCUGUUGUGACUCUAAAGGUUCCAACUCUGAUGGGUUGAGGGAAGACUACUGAAUGAGGACAAGGUGCAUGUGUUAUCAAGCAGCACAAAUUAAAGAAUGCUCUAGAAUACAACAUAUCUCCAACUUCAUUGGAUGUAAAGAAAUUAAUACCAAUACACUAAUGAGUACAACUUAAUUAUUUCACUGCUCAGAAAUGAGGAACAUCAGAAAUAAGACUUUAUAUACACAAAAUAUACAAGCAUACCUAAAUAUCUAAAUGCAUCUGUUAAACUUAAACCAAAGAAUAUGGUGACAAAGAAAUGAUGUUCCCCCGUUAAGCCUGGGAAAGUUCCAAGGCCAGUGAACCAGUUUGUCUUCAAUAAAAAGGAAAUCUUUGCCUUUUGAUUUAAUCUUUUCCUUCCAUUACUCAGUAAACAGAUCUGCCACAUCUCAAUUACCCUUUAAGCAAGGUUUUCAGAUUCAUUCUUCGACAAACCAGCAUGGAAAACACUGAAAACAAACAUUUUACUCUUGCAAAAUACUGAUCCUAUAAUUCACUUUCUAUUUUCAUUCUUGCCCACCAGAUUAUGAGAUUCUGGGGGAGAGGAAGAAGGAGAGAAAGAAAGGAGAAAGGGAAGAAAAACUGAUUCAUUUAAGAAUUUAAAUUAAUUUUUUUUAUUACUUGACCUACCGUUAAGACAAUCUAUAACAAAAAGAAUAGAGUAUAUUAGCACACAGAGUAUAAUCAGACUAGUAACCAGGAAACAACACAAAAUGGUCCUUUGGCCAUCUAUACUUUCUACAGCAACAGAUCUCAAAAAUUCACUUACCAAGCCCAGAAAUAAUGACUUCUAAAGCUCUGGAUAUCAACUCAGACAAAUUACGCCAAUUGUGAUUUCUCACAUAUACUCAGAUUGCACAAAGAUAAAGCUUUAAAUGUGGUAAUUUUUAAAUUUAGACUUAAAAUUUCUUAGAUUAAAAACUACAAAAGGGAGUAAACAGCAAGCCAAAUGAUUUAAGAGGAAAACUCAUUUAGAAAGCAUUAUACGUAUCUAAAUAUACAAGAACAUGAUUAUAUACAUAUAUGAAACUGUGCAAAUUUAUGGCAUUCUAAAUAAUUCAUUUAGGUACAGUUUGGCAUUUAAACAAAGAUCAAAUCAAGCUUUAAGCUAACGAGAACAUAAUUUUUAUUUUUAACUUUUUAAAUAUAAAAAGGUAGCUAAACACAAAAUACAGAUCAGAAAACCCUCAUCUAAUGUAGAUUUUGAAAAAUAAAAAAUUUGUAAUAAGGUGGCUUUCUAUCCCACAAUAAUGUAAAUAAAACCUCUUUCCCAGAUUUAUACUUCAAAGUUAGUAACAACCUAAAAACUGUUCAUAUCUAUGAAAAGAAAACCUACCAUGACCAAUUUAAAUUGCCUGGGAAAGAGUAGGAGACGGGAUUCAUAAUGAGAGCCAAUUGCACACAGAUGGAAAAAUGCUUGCAGUCACUCCCAAGUAUAACUCUACCUUAUAUAUAAACCACAAUGAAAAGAAAAGUGCCCAGAUUAUGGAACUGUGAAAUUUUGCUUAAAAAAAUAAUAAAAAUAAAUGGUUGGGUAUCAUUGGUGCACAUGGAAUAAUGUAACACAUAAGGUUGAUAAGGCUGGAAAAUACUGAAAUACAGUUAAGACUCAAAACACAAGUUUACUUUAAAAAAACAAAAAAGUUUGCCAGAGAAAUAAAUGCUUGAUAGGAAAGCAGAACUUUCAGCAGGAUGGCCUUUUAGACCAAUUUGAAACAACACAGACACAUCCUACCCUACCUCCUGCAGCACACCGUAAGUUCUAGCUGAUGUACAAAGGAAGGAAAAAAGUUAAACCGAAGUAAAAAAAAAAAAAAAAACCCUCAAAUCUCAUGCCCCAAUGAAUUUAGUGGGGCAAAGUUCCCAACACUGAACUUUGUCCACCGGGCAUUUCUCCCUUUAGCAACAUCACCUCCAUCUUUCUGUUAUGACAUUUGUUCCAUCUAUUCUAUCUAUCCCCAGCACAUCCAAUCUCCUUGAUCAGUAUUUAAUGAGCACAGAUUAUCCUGCAGUCAACUGAAAGAUGCACAUUAACCAAAAGCUCCAAGUUAACAAUCAAGAGUGUAGACCUCAAAUUCUCAUUCUCAAUUCAGCAUCUAUAGUCAAUAUUUGGCACUAGCUGGAUAAAUAAAGGUCUACUCAGAAUUUGUGAGCUGAGGCAGAUGCAGUUAAAUCAUAAUCCAAUAUUUGCAGCCUAUGAUUUUGGUUUCAAAAGGCAGGUGUACACAGCCACACCUAAACAUUAUUUUAGAAUUGGAGAGGGAACAUUAACAACAUGAUAUAAACAAAACCAGGCAAAUUUGCUCAACAAAAAUUCUAGUUGAAAAGAAAAAACUGAACAGAUCAUAUCCACCUGAUAAUUAGCAAAAAUGGGCAUUUUUCCACCUUUCAACUAGUUUAAACACAGGCAGAUGUCUUUCUACUAUACUAAGAUUUUUCUACAUCCAUUUUUUUCUAAUCCUUAGAGCUUAAUGAGAAACCAUUUAUUCUAUAAAGAAAUACAGCACAUAUGGCCACAGUCUGAAAUAUGCUUAUGAUAACU